UAAGCCAUUAACGCUCAUUAAAAAAACGCACGAAAACGCGUUUAUUGUAACUUCAUGGGCGUUAAAACGGCGACAAUUCCCGUUUUUGCGCGUUAAAACGCACUAUUAUUCUAAAACUUAAAAAUAAUACGUUUUAACGCCCAUAAAGUUACAAAAAACGCCAACAAACGCGUUUUCGUGCGUUCUUUUAAUGAGUGUUAAUGGCUUACAAUCGCGGUUCCCGAUUGUGCGUUUAAACGCGUUUUUCAAAAUUUUUGUCUGACUGGGAAGCUAUUAUAAUUUUAAUCCUAUCAACUGAAUAUUGUUAUCGAAAUAAUUUCUUUAAUUCAUUUAUAGGAUGAAUAUAUCUUUGAAAAUAUAAUCGAUCCAGAUCAUAAAUAUACAUUUCCUCUUGAACUCGAACGUUAUUAUAAAAAAGAUAAACGUACAUUAUUAAAUAUUUUAUGUAAAAAAAUUGUUACAUCAUUAAAUUCUGAUAAUCCAUUACAUCAACAACGUUCAUCGACUACACCACGUU